CAGACCUUGAGCUUCAUUAACAGCACCUCAGGUCACCGACCGGCAUCAAAGAUUUCUGCUGAUCCUGAUCACCGCUGCCCACCAUGAUCCUGUGCCUGCUCUUCCCCAUUCUUAUCCUCGGUAAUGUGGAGUCACAGACAGCCAAUGUGACGGGACAUGGAGAGCUGAACAGUGUUGAGGGGAAUCAAACAUUCACAGAGUCCAGCAUGAACAACAGUACAGUGAUACCGGCCAACGUGACAUACAGUUUGUACAAAGAUGAGACGAGUCUAAUUGAGGUUGAACUGCAAAACAACCAAACUUCUACCGUUAUCACAGAGGAUGAUGAGGAUUUUCAGGAGCAGGAAAAGAAGCAUCCAGGCAGACACUGCCAGGAGGACAUGCUGGUACUCUACAGUUACCACUACUGUGGUGAAAUUUUUAACAUGGAAAUGUCGUCAAUCAGCAAAGACAACUGGUGUGUCUUGGAAAAUAUUCUCAGACCAUACAGCAACAUGACGUUCUGCUUGGAGAAUAUAUCUAACUUGUUUGGCUGUUAUUACCCGAACUCCAACAUUCAGGACUUCUUCCUUCACAUCCACUCGUCCUACUUCUUCAACUGCUCCAGAGAGGAGCUGCCUGUGCUCGUGGACGCCCCUCAGUGGCUGGUGAUCGUCCUCACUCUCAUUCCGGUCAGCCUCAUCCCUGUACUGGUUUAUCUGGUGGUUUUGAAAAGUAAUAUUCAAGAGUGAGUCAUGUCAGACCUGCGUCAUGUAAACCUCGUGUUACAGAGUGUGUUAUAUACGAGAAUAUGCUCUAGACAGUGCUGUAUAUAUUGUAUAACCAGUCUGGUAGGAAGUUAGAAGAUGAGUAAAUUAUGAAGUUGUAAAAUGAGGACAACAUUCAUAAAUUCAAAUGUGGGUGAAAUGAAUCUCCAGAAAUGUGAAGUUUUUUACUUUUAUACAUUUUUUAUAUGUGAUUAACUAAAUAUUAAAGGUAUAGUUCAACAUUUUGGUAAAUAAACUUAUUUGCUUCAUUUUUAUACUACAGUAUCUUCCAUUUAAAGGUGGGGUAAGCAGAAAUCUAGAAAGGAAAACAAAAAAAAAUACACUAUGCUCCUGCAGCUCUCUUGUCUCUGUCCCAAGCCCCUCCCACCAGACGACCACAGUCAUAUGCACACACUAAAUACAGUAACCCGAUGCUUCUAAUGCAUGGAUUUAUUUUAUUUUAUUGUGGAGCUGCACUCAGCCCCUCCUUGUCCUGCUCACUCUCUAUUUAUCAAUCCAAUAAGAUUUGCCAGCUCGCCACAACACUGUCUCUCCGCCUCGCUCCCCGCCUCUGUGGACUGUUUCCCUGGGUGGAGAGCAGGCAGCAGCUCUGGAGAUGGAUCUUUAGUCUGCACCUUAAAUUCAGCCAGCGCAAACCCACCCCAGCACCUGAUGUCACAGCGGGCUGGUGGCCAGCGGCAGCACCAGGUCUAACCUGUGUAACAGCAGCAACAGAAAGUUUGCUGAUCCAGCAAGGGGCCAAGGCUGUCGAGUUCCCCGCAGUACGAGUUUGCACUGGCUGAAUUUGGAUGCUGCAGCUGCUGACUGGAGAUCAGUCUCCAGAGCUGCUACCCACUCUCCUUCCGGCAUAGUGGUCUGUUUGUGUGGAGGACACUGUGAUGUGAGGCUCUAGCUAACGUUAGCUACAUAAUCGUGACCUUGAAGCUGCAGCCAUGAGUCUUUAGCUCUGGUUAGCAGAAGGCUUAACAAUGAGCAACGUUUUCUCCCCAUCUCUGAAACACUCCGCUGAUACUGACACAUUUUGGCCCAACCCCAAUACCCCCCUUGCCCACUACCCCUUGGCCCUCAAACUGAAGCAACGAGGGGCAGAGGUAGAAAUCUUUCCCUAGGAAUUGGGACACCACUCUCUACGUCACCGCAUCAGUUACAUUCACGCAUACGUAACUAUUUUAAACAGGAAGCUGCGAGCCAUCUACAUUUCCAACCAGCAUCUACAAUGGAGUCUCCAGUUGAGUUCAUCCUACCGAUCACGUUUGCCGCAUUCAUCAUGCUUCAUUUGAUGAACGACAGGGCACUUUAGCUAGCUAGCUAACAAGCUAACAUUACAAGGCAGCAUAGUUAUACUAGCUGGCGUGUUAUCAUAAUGUGAAAAAUCCGACAAUUUUGCAGAACAGGACAGAUGACAGACACCAGAUAGUGCGAGCUAGCUAGCUAGCUAACAAGCAACCUGACGACGGUAACGUUAGCUACGUAUGAACUUUUUUCCCCAUCUCUUGCUCGGUGGUAGCCAUGGCGACGUCUACCCCUCACUGGCAAGCCAGCAUCUGGAAUCCCUUGCUCCAAAGGGCUAGUUUCAUGCCCACUACCCCUACACGCAAAAAGGAAUUGGGACACCACUACCCCUCAAGGGAACGCGCAAAUGUAGGGGCAGGGCCUUUGUGUUCUGUAUAUUGUCAGACUGUCCUGUAGGGUUCAGUCACACAUGAGUGAAUGCAGGCGAGUGACCAUAGCCUGCCGAGGUGAUUAAGUGCGCACUGCCAAUUGUGACACACAGGGAAAGCUAGCUUGCUAAUAAAUACCAAUAAACAUGAUUUGGAGAGACUCUCUUUUUUUAUAACUCUGUCUACCUUUAUCGAGUUGCUUUGCAGUGUAGGCAGUUGUUGCCAAUACUGGAACAGCAACUUUCUCUGCAAGAUUAUCUGCUAUGAAUCAGGCUUUCACCAUCUGAAGGGACGUGCACACACAUCUGCAUUUGUCGAACAGCCAAUAGGAACGCCCUCUCUCUCUGAAAUGUCUUGUGAGAGGAGGUGCACAAGUGUAGGUUUCUCUCAGACUGCUUGAACUACAAUAUGCUGAAAGUUUAUUAUGGGAUUUUUGCCCAGUGACACUAAGAUAAAACUCCCCACCCCAUCUUUAAAUCUGAAUCUAAACCCAGCAGUGGGUUAGUUUGUCUUAAGGAACAGGGGUAAAGCAAGCCUGGCUCUAUAGGGAAAGGUAACAAAAUCUGCCCCUCUAAAGUUAACUAAUUAACACUUUUUAUCUUGAGUGCAGUUAUCUGUGGGAUAAUCGAGGAAGUCAGCAGAGUCACAUAACUCCCCAUGAACCCAAAACCUCAUUUCACGUCAUUUCUUCUCUUAACUCAAAGUUGAAAGAGCUCUAUUGUCUAAAAUAUUAUUCAGCUGAAUCAUUAAUGUUUGUCUUCGCUGGAAAUAUGUGGCGUCAGGAUGUAAACACACUCAAACACUGUGAAUCAGAGCUUUAAUCUCAUAAACACGGUGUUUUCAAACUUGGUAUUCUGGAGUGGAGCAAAAACAGGAAGAGAUACUUCACUGUCCUCGUACUUCUGACAACAAUGUACUAUACAUACCGACACAGGCCGGCUGAGUCACAUCUCUGUCAGAUCACCUGUGAACUGCUAUUUUCAGUAAAUAAAGUCUGGAGUGUAUUUUUUCA